GCGGGCGAGAAGGAGGGCACGGCGGAGUGCAGGGUGAAGUGGGGAGGGCGGCUGAGAGACCUGAGGGGGAGCCGGGCCGGAGGCCGCCGCCGCCACCAUGCAGGAAAUCAUCGCCAGCGUGGACCACAUCAAGUUCGACUUGGAGAUCGCCGUGGAGCAGCAGCUCGGGGCGCAGCCGCUGCCCUUUCCUGGCAUGGACAAGUCGGGGGCUGCUGUCUGUGAAUUCUUUCUGAAAGCUGCCUGUGGCAAAGGGGGCAUGUGUCCAUUCCGGCACAUUAGUGGUGAGAAGACAGUUGUAUGCAAACACUGGCUGAGAGGACUGUGCAAGAAAGGGGACCAGUGCGAGUUCUUGCAUGAGUACGACAUGACCAAGAUGCCCGAGUGCUACUUUUACUCCAAGUUCGGAGAAUGCAGCAACAAGGAGUGCCCCUUCCUGCACAUCGACCCUGAGUCCAAGAUCAAGGACUGCCCUUGGUAUGACCGCGGCUUCUGUAAACAUGGUCCCCUGUGUAGGCAUCGGCACACUCGGAGAGUCAUUUGUGUGAAUUACCUCGUGGGAUUCUGCCCUGAGGGACCCUCAUGUAAAUUCAUGCACCCUCGAUUUGAACUGCCCAUGGGAACCACUGAGCAGCCCCCACUACCACAGCAGACGCAGCCUCCAACAAAGUUCUCGUUUUUGUGUGUCUGCAUGGUGUUUUUCGGACAGCAGCUCCUGCCAUCAUCACCAGAACUUACUUUCCGGCCCACUCUCCUGGGGCAGGCCAUUGCAGAAGCCUUCUUCCUGCUGGUCAUGCAGGAGAGGUCCCGUCCUCUUUUUUCCGUCCCCACUGGUAGUCCGCGUGCACGUGUUUUCCGCAGUAAAACCGUGUUGUGUAACUCUUUCCAGCAAAGUAACAAUCCGCCAUUACAAAGGUCGUCCUCCUUGAUCCAGUUAACGAGUCAGAACUCUUCUCCCAAUCAGCAGAGAGCCCCUCAGGUCAUUGGGGUCAUGCAGAGUCAAAACAGCAGUGCAGGCAACCGGGGACCCCGGCCGUUGGAGCAAGUCACUUGCUACAAGUGUGGCGAAAAAGGACACUAUGCCAACAGAUGCACCAAAGGGCAUUUGGCCUUUCUCAGUGGACAGUGACAGCAGCUGGGAUCCGGAGCAGCCUGAGAGCCAUGCUGUUGGGAACAAGCACUUAGCUGCUGAAUGUAGUGCUGGCAGGACUUUGGUUAGAGCCGCAGGCACACCUGCCAGGGCUCCUUUUGAGGGGCCCUGUCUGUCCUGUCAUUUUGCAGUAAUCUUUUUUUUUUUUUUUUUUUUAAGAAGGAACAUAUGCUUCAGUUGGGUCCCCUGAGCCAGAGUUUGCUUGGACGUCAGUGCCUCAUUUAUUGGACUCCCUGCAUACUGCCCUCCUGGGGAGAGAGAAGCUGUGCUUCUUGGUCCUGUGUGGAAGAUGACCAGUAUUUCCCAUCAGAGGGCCUCAUUAAACACCAGCACCUGGAGAGGAUGGGUAGCUCAUGUGGGGUUGUGGCCAGGUCAGCCUGCUUUCUCCAUGUCCAGCUGAAACCUCAAGCAGUGCCUAUGAAUGUGACUUGAACAAGGGAGCCCUUCCUGACAAGCUUGGAGCAUUCACUGCCUGGCUUGGCCUUGGCUCUUUGAAAGGUGUCCGGCUCCCACGCUGAGCUACUUUUCUGGGCUUGCUUUCUUGUGGAGCACCUACCUGACAGUGCUUCAGGUCCACCUUCAGCCAGUGCUGCAAACCACUUUUACAUAGCUGACCCAGUUGAUCUGCGCCUACCUCCUGCCACGCAAGCUCUGUGCUGUCACUCAGACCCCUGUGGCAUGCAGAGGCCACCCAUCCUUGAGCCUAGAAAAUGUGAAUCCAUCACCUGCAACCUGCUGGGCGAGUGGGCCUGAGUUCAGUUACAAUACUUUUUAUGAAGUUGAUUAAAAAGCUUGGUUUUUAACCUAUGUUUCAUUACUUUAGGGACUCCUGAGGAGCUUCCCUUUUAGCAGAUAUUGAUCUCACAAAGAGAAGUGACUGCUGCUGGAAAGGGACUUU